AUGUUACACGAAGAAAACAUUUCAAAUCCAGUCGAGAUGUCAACUGCUAACCAGAAGAAGGAACAAGUUUCCGAGAACCGCUCGGAACCUCAGCAUGUCACCAAUUCCGUUGUGUCCUGUAACCAUUCCCAAACCGUUAAAACAGUGAUACUUAUGACUGCUGUGGUGCGCAUCAAGGAUCCUCGAGGAUGGACGACACCCUGUCGUGUUCUGCUGGACUGCGGUUCCCAAGCGGGUCGUAUGCAGCUGAGUGAUAAUUUACCGGAACUACAAGAAACCCAUUUCGGGUGGGUAGUUGCCGGAGAUAUCGAAGACGCGUCCACCAUCCAGCAUUGUUUAGUUGCCACGACAGAUCCUAUUUCCGACCUUCUUCGCCAAUUCUGGGAGUUGGAGGAGCUUUUAGAUUCAGCAUCGCAGCCUACCGAGGAAGAUGAAUGCGAAAAAAUGUUCCAGUCCAAUCAUCAUCGAGACGAGACCGGCAGAUAUGUAGUGAGUCUACCAUUCCGUGAAUCAGUACGAGAGCUGAGAGACAACCGAAGCUUGGCCAUGCGUCGGUUCCUUUCACUGGAACGAAGGUUUAGAAAAGACCCAGAGUUGAAGCAGCAGUACUGUCAAUUUAUCGACGAGUAUAUACAGUUGGGACAUUGUCAAGAAGUGAAUGAAUCCAAUCAUGUCACUCAAGGUGUGUAUUAUCUACCGCAUCAGGCCAUUCUGCGUCCAUCGAGCACCACAACCAAAAUUCGAGUCGUUUUUGACGCAUCCGCCAAGGCAUCCCGUGCUGAAAAUUCAUUGAACGAUGUGUUAAAAGUUGGAGCAACAUUACAGAGCGACAUUUUCAGUUUUCUAUUACGAUUUCGGAAACACCAGGUCGUAUUCACUGCUGACAUUACCAAGAUGUAUCGGCAGAUACGCAUUGCACCAUGCUUCCAACGAAUUUUCUGGCGGUCAAACCCGGAUGACCCACUCCGUGUCUUGGAACUCACAACAGUGACCUACGGUACAGCAGCAGCCCCAUACUUGGCAACUAGAUGUCUGAUGCAGCUCUGUGACGAUGAAGGCAGUUCGUUCCCGAUCGCAGCACGAAUCAUCCGCUUGGAUUGUUACGUCGAUGACGUCAUUUCUGGUGCAGAUACUGUAGAAAAAGCCAUUGAAUGCCAAACAUAA